UAAAGUUGUGUUAAAAUGUCUCCUUUUUCUCUGUCAGAUCGCGAUAUGGGAGCUCGCCAUCGUGCCCGCGCCCACUCCAUCAAGAUCAUGAAGGUGCAGGUCAUCGCCGCCAACAAGUGUCGCAGACCCGCCAUCAAGCAGUUCCACGACUCCAAGAUCAAGUUCCCGCUGCCUCACAGGGUCCUGCGUCGCCAGCACAAACCCCGCUUCACCACCAAGAGACCAAACACCUUCUACUAAAAGCAUUGUUUCAUGUUGUGCGGGAAAAAAUAAAGAAUCUAAACGAA